GAAUGGUAACCCUGCACAGUUCUUUUGUGAAUUCGUCGUCAAAAUAAAGAGGGCAAAAAUUCUUGAAAUAUUGAAAAAUUUCAAAAAUGGCAGACUCAGAUGUAGCGGACCUGGAUUUAACAAUCGAUAAUUUAGUUCCAAAGAGUCCUGAAAGGGUGGCCGAAGAAAAGAAAGAAAGUGGUAAUCAUUUGUAUAAAUUCAAAAAUUACAAGGGUGCCCUGGCUAUGUAUGAUGAAGCUAUUCAGCUUUGCCCAGACAAUGCAGCAUAUUAUGGAAACAGAUCUGCAUGCUACAUGAUGCUUGGCAUGUACAAGAAGGCCCUGGAAGAUGCUCAAAAAGCAGUCGCAUUGGAUUCCACAUUCACAAAAGGCUACAUUCGCAUGGCUAAAUGCUGCAUUGCAAUCGGUGAUCUGUUGGGCGGCGAUCAGGCUGUAAGACGCGCUAGCGAGCUUGGCGGCGUGGACUGCGCUGCAGGCGAGCGCCGAGCUCUCGAGACCCUGCGCAAGCUGCACGAAGAUGCUCAACGCGCUAUGGAGGCCCAGGAUUACCGCCGCGUCGUCUUCUGCAUGGACCGCUGUCUUGAUUACAGCCCCUCUUGCUCUAAGGCGAAGCUCACAAAAGCUGAAUGCUUAGCCAUGCUCGGGCGCUGCCAAGAGGCACAGGAAAUUGCCAAUGAUUCACUUAGAUUUGACAGUUUUGAUACUGAGGCUAUUUACGUUCGUGGUCUCUGCCUGUAUUUCGAGGAUAAAGAUGAACAAGCAUUCAAGCAUUUCCAACAAGUUUUACGUCUUGCCCCAGACCAUAAAAAAGCUAUUGAAACUUACAAAAAAGCGAAGCUACUUAAACAAAAGAAAGAAGAAGGAAAUGAAGCAUUCAAAAUGGGACGGUGGCAACAAGCCCUAAGUCUUUAUAACGAAGCAUUGACGAUUGAUAAAAAUAAUAAGAUUGUAAAUGCUAAAUUGUACUUCAACAAGGCUACAGUAUGUGCUAAGCUGAAUCAGAUCAAGGAGGCCGCUGAAGCUUGUACAGCUGCCCUCGAACUAGACGAAAACUACAUGAAGGCUUUACUUCGACGCGCCAAGUGUUACACCGAACUUGGCGAUUACGAGGAGGCCGUCAAAGAUUACGAAAAGCUGUACAAGAUUGACAAGAGCAAGGAAAACAAGCAACUGUUACAUGAAGCUAAAAUAGCACUAAAGAAAUCUAAACGCAAGGACUACUACAAAAUACUUGGAAUUGAAAAAACUGCUUCUGAAGAUGAAAUUAAAAAAGCUUAUAGGAAGCGCGCCCUGGUGCACCACCCGGACCGGCACGCGGGCGCGCCCGACACGGAGCGGCGCGAGCAGGAGCGCCGCUUCAAGGAGGUCGGCGAGGCCUACGGCGUGCUCAGCGACCCCAAGAAGCGCGCGCGCUAUGACCACGGACAGGACCUCGAUGACGACGGCGCAGGCAUGGCAGACAUCGACCCGAACGUAGUAUUCCAAACCUUCUUCAAUCGUGGAGGACAGCAUUUCGAUUUCCACUCAGGUGGAGGAUUCCCAGGAACUGCUUUCAGCUUUCAGUUUGGCUAAUUUUCACAUUUCCGUUAAAUAAAACCAUAAUUUUGACAAUCAACCAUGUUAUGCAUAAAUUAAUUCGUAUUGUACUUUAUAGAUUUAAAAAAUAUAGUUUUAGCUGAAAUAGCGAACAUGUACACGCUGACUUUACAGUGGCCUGACAAACGAGGCAGUAAAUUAUGACAGUAAUCUUUUUGCAAUGGAAAGCGUACUUAUUCGCAACGUUAGUAUUUUAAUCAAGCACUUGGCUAGUUGAAUCCCAUUAGUCCUAACAGUAUUCAGCUAGUAAAAUGUCCCAUGCACAUAAGCUCAGCUACAUCUGCAACAUCCAUUAUCUGAGUGAUUUUUUUUUAGGAUUUUUUUAGUCUAUAUACUACACUACGAUUUAAAUUAUUUUAACAUGUGAUUUAUACAGUUCUUAUGUAUAGUUCCGCGCCGAUCUUAACACAUCAAGGUGACUAGUAAGUUCACAAAUUACAACCGUGAUUUGCUAAAAAAUAUUCACUUAAUUGCCUUUAACAGUUUGCGCAUACAGGGAACUGCCCAUAAUCCGGGAAUAAUAUUAUAAAGAUUGUUUCUUUUUGCGGCUGUGUGAAAUAUGAUAGUUCGUUGUGGUUCCCGAAACCAGGCUAUCAUUAGAAUAAACACAUAACAAUGACUGUUUGUCGUCUAUUUGGUUUCUUUGUUAGGCUGGCAAGCAGCGGAUCGUCGACCUUUCAACUGUCGAACUUAUAGGCUAAUAUUUUUUGCAAUAAUGAUGCUACAUAUUUUAAAUUUAUUCCUUAUUAAUCCACAGCAUGUUCCGUUUGUUAGACCACUAACAUAGUUGCGUCAAGUGGCGUGUAUACAUCAUUCCACAAAUAUUAAUAUGUAAUGUUUUUGAAAGAGUGUUUGAAAAUUGGCAAAAAUAAUUGUUUUAUUUCACACCAUAAACAAUAAAAAAGUGCUCCCUUAAAAAUAUAUUGUUACCCUAUGCCAUGCAAAAUCACAACGAAGUAUGAACAAGUGGAGGUUGAGCACAUGACUUCUAACUUCAUGACUGAACUAUCUAACUGCUGUUUGUUCAGAAACUUUAGUACCUAAUUAUUAUAAUAAUGACUGAUUUGGUUAAGUAAUUUUUGAUUUUUAGCCCCACAUACAGAGCUAUGUGAACUUGCUUUAUGCAAUUUAAUAAUGGAUAAAACUUUGAAAUAACUUUUAAUAACCUCGGGUUUUUAAUAAAAUGCUCUGCCCGAGGUUAUGAAACGGACUUUUUACAAACGACCAUAAUAUACAAUUAACUUUUUAACCCCGUUAAUCCUAAGUAAUGUUAAUCUGCCAAACAUUCAUUAAAUAAUAGCUGAACCGCUACCUAUGUAUUCAAAUUCUGAGCUGAAAUUAAUUAUUGAUUGUAACCUAUUUCUGUUGGAUUGGAAAACAACUCUUAAAGUCAUUUGCUUCCUAAUAAGUGAAAAGUUAUAACUGAUAUGUAAUGAAUUUAAAAGUAUGUCGUUUAUGAUUAAUACAUAGGUACCCAUUUCAAAAUAACUACCCUAUAUUUACUCAUUACAAUGUAUAAUAAAAAAAAUGGGAAGCAUUAUAUUAAACUGAAAUAUUUUUGUUUUAAAUUGUUUGCUUAAAGUUGGGUAUUUUGUGUUCAAUCAUAAAGUAGAAUAAAUAGUUAUAGUUUAUUACUAAAAAUGAUCAGAUAAUUAUAUGUGUAUAUAUACAUAGAUUCAAAAAUAUAGAUAAUAAUCAAGGUCAUUAACAGUGGUUUUAAUUUGGAGCCAGGUACUGACCGGGUGCAUUACCAUAACCUACCCACGAUAAUCAAGUGGAAUACUUAAUAAUGAGCACGGUCCAACUCGAUAUUAUUUCCUUAAAAACUGGGCCAAUAUCCUCAAAAAUAAUCAAUUCGUAAUUAAAAAAAUACGAUACUACCAAGAUGAUCAAAUAAGUUUUUUCUUGUGCUCGGCAUGUAAAUAGAUCUAGGAUCGAAUGCGCGCUGUAAUCGUAGUUGCAAACUAACUUCUUCUUUGAAACCAUACCUACCCAUUCAUAGCUAACUUUACUAGCAGUGUUUCCAGUCAGUACUUGCCUUAAUAAUGUGAAACUCAAAUAUUGUUGCAUGGAAAUAAAAAUCCUCGAUAACUGA